AUGUCGGUCGACCCUCGACUUGCCCGUCUUCAAGGGCGGACUACAACUCCUCAAACCCCACCACCAGUACCUCCACCACCCGCAGGAACCACAGCUUCUCCGGUCCAAGAACCCCUAACGACUCAAAGUACAGCCGCCACCAUCGAUGGCAAUAUGGAAAUCCCAUCUUCUACCACUCCCGCUCCUACGAAACAAGAAAACGGCUUCAAGCUAAAAUUCUGCACCGUCUGUGCAUCCAACAACAACCGCAGCAUGGAAGCGCAUCUCCGACUCUCGACUUCUGAUCAUCACUAUCCCGUCAUAUCUUUUGGUACGGGCUCUUACGUCCGCUUGCCAGGACCUUCCAUUUCCCAGCCGCAAGUUUAUAACUUCAACACUACACCCUACACGAAAAUGUUCGACGAGCUUCAAGCUCAAGACGCCAGGCUGUAUCGGAAUAAUGGCAUAUUAAACAUGCUCGAUCGGAAUCGCAACAUCAAGUGGGGGCCGGAACGGUUUCAAGACUGGGUUGCCGGCGCCGCGCGAAUGGAAGCCUUGACACGAGGAGAUAAAGGCGCUGACGGAGCUGAAGGCGGUGUCGUCGAUGUGAUAUUCACCUGCGAAGAACGCUGCUGGGACGCCGUCGUCGAUAACCUACUGGAUAGAGGAGCCCCUUUGAACAGGCCAGUACACGUAUUCAAUGUCGACAUCAAAGAUAAUCACGAAGAAGCUCUUGUCGGAGGUGGUGCUAUACUCGAGUUGGCCAACGCUCUCAACGAGGCUGCAGGACAGGAACGCCAGGCCAAUGGGGCCUCUGGUUGGGAGAACGGGACUGGCGCUGCAAGACUUAGUUUUGACGCGAGGGUGCCUGAGAUCUUGGCUAGUUGGCAGGAAAGAUGGCCCCAUUUACCCGCCCAGUGGACUUUAUCCUGGCUAUAA